CCGGAUCUGAGCCAAAUGUCUUUUCUUUCCCCAGCAGACCCGCCUGUGGCCGCAGCUGUGGUGUCCCAUUUUAAUGACUGCCCAGAUUCCCACAGUCAGUUCUGCUUCCAUGGAACCUGCAGAUUUUUGGUGCAGGAAGACAAGCCAGCAUGUGUCUGCCAUUCUGGGUAUGUUGGUGCACGCUGUGAGCAUGCCGACCUCCUGGCUGUGGUGGCCGCCAGCCAGAAGAAGCAAGCCAUCACCGCCUUGGUGGUGGUCUCCAUCGUGGCCCUGGCUGUCCUCAUCAUCGCAUGUGUGCUGAUACACUGCUGCCAGGUCCGGAAACACUGUGAGUGGUGCCAGGCCCUCAUCUGCCGGCACGAGAAGCCCAGUGCCCUGCUGAAGGGAAGGACUGCUUGCUGCCACUCAGAGACAGUGGUCUGAAGAGCCCAGAGGGAGUUUGGCCAGGUAGACUACGGCAGCCUGAGGAAGAAAGGACUUCUUCAGGACGAGCCGACAGACCUUCCUACUCUGCCUGCAAUCACCUGUGCAGCCUUUUUGUCUUUUGUGGGCCUUCCUUUGAAACUCUGUCAGGAACUCUGUCUGCUUGGGGUUAUUUGGUGUGACCUAGAGAAGAAAUCAGUGGACCACAGUUUAAAGACUGGUCAAAAAAGAAUUGCAAAGGGGUGGACUUCCUGUUUACCUAGCCAAGGUGUGUGCAUCUGUCCGCACCUGAGCCCAGGUGUAGGUGUGGUUGCCUUCUGCCGGUCACGGAGGCUGGGCUAUGUUUCUUUUUAAUGGACUCCUCUCCCCACAAUGGUGUCCAUCCUGCCCAAAACUGGAGGUUGCCGUAGUUGAGUUUUUCCUCAUCCGCUUAUUGGAGAAGAAGGCGGAGGAAGGGUAACUGUUUGCCGCAUGAAGAUGCCAAGGGUAAGAGGAACUGUGUAUGUCCUCUGUCUCCGUCCACGAGACCCUCAACCAGCCUGACGUCUUCCACAGACAUACGACGCUGAGGACCUUCCCAAGCCGUCGGCACCCUCGGAGAUAAUUUCUUAUUUAUUAGAUGGAUGAUGGUUUUAUUUUAUCUUUAAUCUCUUAAGUCGAUGUAAAAAGCAUCAAACCUUUUCAGACUUCUACGUUAAUGAUGUAUGUAAUGCUGGCUGAAAAGUCAACUGACUGAUUAGAGCUGUCUGGCCUCUUUGGGACAGCUAAGGCUUGGGGAAGGCCACCCAGGGGGGGUGCAGAGAUGGAAGCAGAGGAUGGGUUGCUGAUGAGAGCAAAGAUUGGGUCUCAGAGGCCUUGUCAUUUAAGACACAAAACAGGUAAAGGCCCCCCGAUACAUUCCAGUAGAAAAGUUAGCAAAUCCAGCAGCAGAGAUCUGUCGGCUUUGUUGGGGGAGACAGGAAGAGAGUGCCUGUGUGCCUCUACACAAGAGAAACACAGUACCACACUGCUUUGUGAUUAAGCAUGUUCACUUCCUAAUGCGCCCUCCAAGUGCAUGUUUAGAAACAGAGCACAUGCGGAAAGCCACGGGCAUUUGGGCCGCAUUCGUGAAAGGGGGGCUAGGCAUUUCCUUCCUAUGUUGUUGCAUGGUUGAUUUGUUGCUUUAUUUUUAAAAGGAGAAAUUUACCUUUCCUAUUUAUUUUCUAGCAUUAGGAAAAAUAUCCCAGUGACUUAUUUUUCCCUUUUCCCUUCAGGAUGCUGGUUUUAUUAACAAAAACUCUUAACAAGUCACCUCCACCAGCGUGGGCCUCGCUUUCCCUUGAGAGAAGGGGAAAUUGUUUUCAUGGGCAUCUGGGUACAUUCUGCCCCUCUGGGCUUGCCUGUGGAAAGCACUGGUUCCCUCUCCAACUAAACAACAGCUCAUCCCUAGCAAUUUUCAUUAAAAUUUGGAAGUAGAAUAACAGCAAAAUAAUAUGUGAAGUCCUUAUGUGAGGAAACUCUUUGUUCACUAACAUUUGAAAACUGAAAGAUUUCUACCUAUUAACUUCGUGCAUCUAGCUUCCACACAUCAUGAAAGGGACCUUUAAAAUAUGUCAGGUUGGCUUAAAAUUUCUGUCAGGUAGUUUUGUCCCCCUCUAAUUCUUCUUCCCCAAUCUGUGUAUUUCGAUGAAUUUUCUCUUUAUUCUGUACGACUGAGACAAUUGUAUGACCCGUGUCUUAGCUUUGGCACUUUUCUGGAAUGAUGCUGCACCUGAAGCAAAAGGAGCAGAAAUGGGACCAGUUCACCAGCUGGCCCACUGACGAUAUACUUGACACAGUUCCCGGGUCUUGACAUAAAAGAAUAGGUUUAAGCUUGCAUUUCUUGGGCACAUCCUACAGCAGCAGGUAUGUGGGCUGAGGCCUAACUGUAGCAUCUUGCUCAGAGACCAGUCCCAUUGACACUGGUUUGUAGAACCCCAUUUUCACUCCUCUCUCUCUCUCUCAUCAGACCCUCCUGAAAGUCUGAGAGUCUGGUUAGGAGACCAAUGGCAGUGGAGUAGUGGGUUUUUAACUUGAGAUCACAUUUUACUUAGAACAAUCUUUCCUCGGUCUUUUAGAGACUCUUUGAGAUCUGACUGCCUUUAAAGAAUAUGAACUGAUGGGAAAUGUUUCGUUCAGUCUUCAGGCGUCCCAGAGCCUUUGCAGAGGUGUGGGAAGAGGAUGCAAGCAGAGGGAACCUUCUCGGUUCCCUGAAGGGGCUCCACAGUUAGGGUCCGUGAAGGCUCUGAUCCUCACAUUACAGGUGCCAGCACCCCUUUCCUUGUGCCAGGGCAACCAUGCGGUGAACCAUGCAGAGAAGGAGCGUGUGCCUCCCUGCAGGUGGCUCCCAAGUCAGUCCUCUGUAAACCAGUAGGUCUGAAAGAGUUGGAAGCAGAGGCUGGGGUGAAGGCAGGCCUCGAUGGACCUUCGUCCAUGCCCAGGAUAGGAGAGCCUUGCUUCUUUGGUGAUUCCUCUUUUAGAAAUCAGGUGGCCAACAAGCAUUGGAUUCCUGUGCCAUUUCAUGGUGUUGAUACUUUUUGGGUUAGCCCCCUUUUCAGGUUAAAAAAGCAUCUUCUAAUCCAUCUUCACAGGUUCACAGGUUCUCUGUGUUACCUUGCCCUUUAGAAAGCCGAAUAUUACAGUUCGGGAAUUGUUCCUGAGGCCCUUCCUGGUAAGGAGCCGCACACCUGAGAGUGGGGAUCAGAGCCGCUUCCAGUGUCUAUCUCAGGAGAAAUGAAAAGCCCCCAUUAGAAGGAGGGGGUGCUUCCAAAUAUUUUAUGGAGCCUAGAUUCUCCCACUGCUCUACAGGCUGUAACGUCUUUGAGCAUACUGGCAGGAAACAUUUUCUUCUAGAUAGACCUAUAGCAGCCAACCCUGCUCUGGAAAAGAUGCAUCUGGACACACAUGGAAUCAAGCAAGAUACGAGCUCACCAUGGUGCUCCAUCCAAGUGGGCAGAAUGGCCCAGAGUCUAUUUUCCUAAGAAAGGAGAAGGAGGUGUGAUUGGUACCCCCUCACCAACGCGUUGGUGAGGGAGGAGGAGGUGUGGUUCUAGAACUUCUUGGGAGAUUAUGCUCUGCAGGUGGAGAAAAGUGUCUGUCUUCACCCAGGUUUUCCAGAGCCAGGUGGUCUCAGUGCACAUGGGCCACUAGUCACUUUUCCAGGCAAUUUUGGCAGAAAUGGAUUGGCAAGGUUCCAGCACCAUUCAGGAGACCCUGACCUCCUAGUAGGGCCUGGGCCUCGAUUUCUGCCAACCCACUCAGCCAAGGAAGGUGGAGGCUUCAAAAGCCCAGGACCAAAGGGGACAUCACAGAAACAAGAGGAACACAUAUGUUUGUUCUUAAUGUUGAAACGUAAGACCUGUUCUCUGCAGCCACUGAUUUUACCAGGCUUCCUGAAAGAUCUAGUGGUGAACAUACACACAGUACUGAAAAACAGCCCCUCUCCCUGGUAUAGUAACUUACUGAAGUAUUCAACUUUUCAUUAUCUUUAUUAUAACAAACCUGAUGCUUUUUUUUAUUUUUAGAACUUGUUACUCUGACUUCUGUAUAUGUUGCACUGAAAAGGUUAAUAUUUAAUGUUUUAAUUUAUUUUGUGUGAUAAGUUAAUUUUGAUUUCUGUAAUGAGUUAAUGUGAUUAGCAGUUCUUUUCCUUAAUAUCUGAAUUAUACUUAUUUAAAGAGUAGUGAGCAAUAUAAAAUGUAGUUGUGUUUUUCAGUCAUGUGCAUUGUUGUCUAGUUGUACUGUUUGUACCUUGUUUGGAAGGAUGAAGGAAUGAACUCUUUUUUUUUUUUUUUUUUUUCCUAAAUCAAGACUGGAGCUUUUCUUUCAUGAGACUGGCAUGUUGCUGAAAAGCAAAUUAAGAAUUUUCUCUGCAAAUGUGAAUGAUGAGAAAAAAUUAGAUGCUCUUUUGCAAAAUGUGGGGAUACUAAAAUUAACUACAGUUGAUCCCUGUCUGCUUGAAGAAAUCAAAUCCUCCAAAGUUCCCAAUAUAUGUCUUUCAUCCACUAUGGGUCUGCCAAUAUGCUAAAUAAUGCAGAGGGAAAUAUAAAACACACAAUCCCUGCCCCAAAAGAAUUGAGAUCUGCCUGAGAGACUGACAUGCAAAAAAUAGUUCUGGACAAAUUCCAGACAAAAUACAAAGCCUGAGAUUGUAAAGUAGAGAGCAUGUGUUAAUAACUGUGGGUCUCCAAGUGUGGUCCCCAGGCCAGCAGUGUCUGUAUCACCUGGGGCCUUCUUGAGUCUCUUAGGAAUGCAAAUUUUCAUGCCCCACCCCAGGCUGUUAAACUCCAGAGUUGCCCCACUCCCCCUCCAUAUUCUAGGUGAUUCUGAUACAUGAGCAAGUUUGAGAACUGCUGUGCUAUAGGACUCAGCAAAGGGCAAGUUAGUGUGGGGCCAUAGUUUUUAGGAAAAGCUUUAUAGAGGCUUUGCAGAGGAAGUGAAGUGUAAUUCAGUUCACCUCUUCAGUGUUCAAAGUUAACAGCCAUCAGAACGUAGGGGCUUGAAUUAAGGCCUGCAUUUAUUUGGAUCUUCUCUGCCUAGCCUCGUUGAAGGGAAAAACAGGCCUGUCCACCCCCUACCAUACCCCCACUCACCCACCCCGUUCCCCGCUGCCCAGUUUCGAACUGUAAGGAAUAGAAACGGUUCUGUCAACCCAGUUUGUACAAGCCUCGCUUGCACGUGAAAUCCCAUGUUUAAGCCCCUGCACUUCCAACCCGUGUGUGGACCUCACAUGUGCAGCAUACGAGGAGCUCAUGGAGAAGCAGCAGAUAGUGAAAUAGUUGUGGAACAGCGUGAGAUCUUGGUCCCAAGGGAUGCUCGGCUUUGGUGGCAAAGGUGAGCCUGUAGAGCCUGUGGUCCAGGCCUCGGAGGGCUUGGGAUGUGCCUGAUUUACGAGAUGAGAAGUUGGGCAACUCCUUGUCCCCAGUGCACUAGCCUGGGAGCUGUCCCUCCACAGCACCUUUACCCAUCUCUGAGGAGACAGAGAGACCUGCUGCCUGAACUUGGCAUUCCCCUCUUGGCCCUAUUCUGUCUUCAGGGACCUCUCCAGGCCCUAUUUCUAACCCAUGGGAUUUUCUUCUUGUCCCCCUCCUUCUCCUCCCUGAUUUCCAAGCCCUCUGGCCAAGACUGCCUCUACCAGAGCCUGGUGACUGCCCCUGGUUCUAGGCAGGUGCACUGGGCUGUCCAGGAUGCCGCAGGCAGGACCUUUCCCAAGAAAAAGCACCUAUGAACUCUGAGUCAAGCCAAACCAACCUUUCCUCACUUACCCAGGUGACUUGCAGUUGCCAACUUGAAUCCGUGAUCUGGACUGUUUGGGACUAGUCUUUUUGGAUUCUGUUGGCCCAAACUUCAGACCCCCGUGUGCCCCACCUCCUGCCUAGCCCAGUUUUGGGGUGUGUGUGACCUAGCCUUGCCUCCUCUCUAACUCGGAGCUCUUUGCACAGCAGCCGCCUGGGGAUUCUAGCACCAGCAUCCCUUCCUCUGUCUUCUGAAACUCCCUCCUCCACAUUUGCUCUCUGUCAGGGCUUGCUACCUCCAGGAGGCCCUAAAGUUUCUGUCACAGCCUUUCACCUUCAAAAAUAGAGAGGAUGUGUUCGUGGUCACACAACCUGGGUCUAGCAGUGUCUUUUCCACCAGGCUAGUUAGUGUCUCCCACCCAGAUCAAUCAAAUUGUAGAAUCUGGGGGGACAGAACUUGGGCAUCUGUUUAAAAUCUCUUCUGGAGAUUCUGACCCAAUCCCUACUGCUCUCUAAACACACCACACCCCAGGGAGCAGAUGGCACAGGAGAGGUUUGGUGUCUGGAGCUGAGGGUGCCUGGUACCCACUCAGGGCGAUCCCCCCAGUCCAUGCUUAAGUACCCCUUCCAUCCGGCAGAUGGUAUACCUGGGGAAGCAUGGAGGCUUGGACCUCCUUUCAGGUGGGAUCAUCUAUGGUAGAGAAGUGAGAAAACUCUUAUGGGAACACAAGAGCCUAUAAGGAAUACCAUGUGACUAGCUUGAGGUCAUGCACAAGUGGGUGAUGGUUUUUCAGGAGACAAAUUUUGCAACUGGGAAUAAAAAAACGUGACGUUUAAGCUGAAAGGGAAACAGGAGACAGAAAGAAAAAGCAAAGUGUCCGCAGGACAUUUCCUCUAAUGGAAGCUUCAGGCCCUGGUGUGCAGCUGCACAGGUCCCCUGGGACAAGAGGAUGCCCUGUGUCAUGAAGUCUCCAGGGCAAGUCCAGGUCCCGCCCAGGAGCCCCUCCAAGGAGUUCAGAGGAGUACAGUUGAGAGUGGGACAAAGGAACCGCUCCACUACCUGGGGCUAGGCUGCCCCACAUGUUCCAGAAAGGGAUUCCACAGGUCUGGAAAUGUGACAUCCCCCAAGGGCUGUGCCGGGAGGGGCUGGUAUCCUUUAAACCCUGUCCUGUCAUACAGCAGAAAGCUGAAUGACUCUCCUGCCUUUGUAAAUGGAAACCCUGAACCCCAGCGAACCAGAGCGCAGGGGUUCUGGACCUGUGUGGUGGAGAGAGGCUGGAGGCAGAGACCUGGGUUGGUUGCAGGCCUGCUUCUUGCUGGCCUUGCUACCCUGGCGCGUUACUGAGCCCCCAGUGCCUACCUAUCUAGCUCCUGCAUGUUUCAUUCAGGGAGCUGUUGAGAUAAAGUUUACAAAUUCCCACUUGCUCAAUCUGAAUCUUGUAAUCAAGAAAAUCUAGUGUGACCCUAAAUGCCACUAGUAUAUUAUCCAGUUCAAGGGAGGCCCCACUCUCUGAUCCUCUACUGACCUUCAAUUCAAGGUAAAAGAAGGCAUGAGGAGGGGAUGUGUCAUGAGGAAAAUUUCCAGAGAGUCAGUGGCAAAUGGGGCCAUAAUCAGAGGGUCAAGUUCCCAGUGGUUAAGGACCCAGAGGAAUGAGGAAACUGCCCUUGGACAUAGAAGGUUGCUCAGUGUGACUUCAAAGAACAGAGCCAGCAGCAAAAAGGUUGAUUUCUGCUCAACAGAGUCUUUUUCAUCGCCAGAACCUCUUCCUGGGCUAGCGUACUCCCUGCACCAAAGUGGCCAAGCAGAGGCUGGGUGACCGCCAGGGCACAGGGGGUCCCCUGCUGGACUAGAGCCUGUGCUGGAAAAGCCUCUGGGGUCCAGUCCACCUCCAGCGCUCGAAUUACCACCUCUUGCCCAAGAGUCCAUGGGCUACCAGUGCUCCAAGCCUUCACCUCCCACAGCUCCCUUCUGGAAUAGUCUGAGCCCAGACUUGAACCUCUGCCCUCCCCUUGCCCUGCUAUGGGUCCUGCAGCCUCCCAGGACUUCCUGGUGAUGGAGGGGCAUCUCAGGCCUGCUCAACCCCUUCGCUCCCACCUCCUGGCUUUUGAGCCUAUAGCUUAACCAUCCUUGGGAGGGGGGGAGGCCCACACAGCGACCACAGUCCAAAUGACUCUCAGGAGAGGGCCUGUCCAAGCUCUCUCUAUCCCCAAGUGCCAAGGUGUGCUGGUGAUUUGCUCUCCCAUAUCCACUGUACACCCUGUGCCCCUGUGGACAGGCUGCCCAGGGCCCUCCCAACCCUGUGGCUUCCAGCAUGGCCCUGGGGGAGAGCUGAGGUUUUUCAUCCCCACUGCCUCCCUGCUCCACAGUAAUUACAACCCAGGACUGGGCCCUCACCACACUUCAUUUACACCACUUCCUCCCCUCACCCCUUCAUCCCAAAGGCUGUUGAUGGCUUCCCACAGCUAGUUCACCUCUGCGAUCUUUCCCUCUCCUUGCUCUUCAAUUUCCAAGAAUGUUUAACUGGAGGCAAAAAAUUCAAAUGCUUCCAGAAGUGAAGCUGGUAAUCAGAAUCAGUGGGACUGCUCACUGGAAGCGUGAAUGCCCUAAUCUAGGAAUCUGGAGAGGAAGGUGGACCUUGUGAAGGACUGGAGGGCCCAGAGCUCUUCAGAAGGGGGCGCCACUCCUCCCCUCCAGUUCCUCGUGGAUAUCCAGCACAGUGGCCAGAUUUGCCAUUUUUUCAAGAGGAGCAGAGAAUCUGGACUUUUUCAUAAAAUAUCUCUAUUUCUAAAUGUGGCCCAAAUUUAUAAACCACUCUGUGACCCCACCAAAAUCUGUCUGCAGGUCACCAUCCACAGUUGCUGUUUGCAGCUUCCACUCUCAAGCUGUUUGCUUGUCUCGGGCUUUGCCAGGCCUCUUCAUGCCUCUCUGCCUUGGCAGUUCUCUUCGCUGAAAAUGCCUUUUUUCUGCUCCUCUCUCUUAGCACGCUUCUGUUCCUUCCAGAACAGAAGGCUUACGCCUCACAUUCUCUCUGAAACUUUCCAGGAGCCCCCACACAGAGCCUUCACGCUAUGCAGACUUCUAUUACUGUGCCUACCGCCGCCAUGUUUGUUGACAAGUCCUCCCCAUGUUGUCCUGUGCCCCAGGUCAUGAGCUUCACAAGGUCAAGCCCUUCUAUCCUCUCUGUCUUUAUAGCCAAGCAUUUACCUAAUGCCAGAGACACUGAAGGUAAUGCAGUAACAUUUUGUGUAACAAAAGCAUCAGAUAUAUUGAUGGACCCAGGUAUGUCUCCUGAGGCAGAGGAGCAAUGUCAUAUGGGACCACUGGGUCCCGCGGGGCCAGGUUAUUAGAUGAAGGGACUUGGUAUCGACUACCACAGUCAGACACCUCACAAGUCAAAAGGUCAUUGUGACCCUCCCUGGUUCCCUAUCUACCAUGAAAAGCUUUCCUUCCAGGCAAAAAUGUAUUACACGUUCUGACCAGUGGUUUACCAAGAACUUUGUCACAGCCCAGGUGGAUGCGACAGGAAUUUUUUUCCCUCUUUUUCCUUCCAUGGCUGCAUUAAGAUAUAAUUGACAUAUAGCUUAUGUAAGUUUAUGGUAGACAGUAUGAUAAUUUGAUACAUACGUUUAUUGCAAAAUAACUACCACAGUGAAGUUAGUUAAUACCUCCAUCCUCUCACAUAAUGACCAUUUUCGUGUGUGUACCGAGAACACUGCAGAUCUCAUCUAUCAGUAACUUCCAAGUAUAUGGUAUAUGAUACAGUAUUGUUAACUAUAGCCACCAUGUUGUACAUUGGAUCCCUAAAACUUAUUCCUCUUAUACUUGGUUGACUGUACCCUUUGACCAACAUCUCUCCAUUUCCCCCACCCCACCCCCGGCUCCUUGCAAUGACCAUUGUACUUCUUCCCGUUGCUCUGAAUCCAACUUGUUUAGAUUCCAUAUAGAAGUGAGUAUUUGUCAUACAGUAUUUCUUUUUCUCUGUCUGACUUAGAUCACUUAGAAAAAUUCUCUUAGGGCCCAUCCACGUUGUCACAAAUGGUGUUGGGAAAUUUAUUUGACAAGAAAUAACCUGGCACAAAAAUCAGUUUUCUAGUAACGAAAGUGAUGAACUGAAGUGCAUUCUAAUUUGAGGAGGUGAAAAUUGAAUUCCAUAAAUGAGCCCCUGUCAUUAAAUCAUGAAAAUGAAUUAAAAUUACUCAAUUGUCUUUCUUAAUUAACACUGAUGGUGUAAAUAAAGGACUGUGAAGAGUUUUUAAAAUCUAGCACUGAACACUAAGAAGACAUUGGUGUACCAGAAUUCUACAAGUGUUCCUGGGAUAGUUAUCCUCAUUAUUUAUUUUAACUGUGCAAAUACUAUAUCUCUAUUUAGGAAUACCACAUUUUUAAACCGGGUAAAAAGUACCAGGUAAAGGAUUCAAAACUAAAUUCUGCCUUCAUAUCAUUAAAAGGAAAAUACCACCUAUCUUUGAAUUCUUGGUACAGGGGAAAAUAAAAUUGGAAUCCAUGUUCUAC